UCAAUACGGACUCGGAAUUUUCGAUAACGAAAUUUCCGAAAUAAAUUUACAUAAUCCACAUGAAAUCUUUGAUAUACAGAACAAUUACAUUUUAAAUGACUUGGUCAAUUCUAAUGACCAAUUAUCUUUCUUACCUAAUUUAUCAAAUACAACAAUAAAUACAAUAAAUCAAUAUAAUUUAACUGAUGCAUUAAUUGCUUAUGAAAUGG